GAGCGAAGUGCCCGAUUGACUCUCCACGGUUCUCAUGGUGCGUUUAAGUCCAGCCUCUUGCUUGGGAAAAGCAAUUGUCCAUUGAACCGACCAUCAUGGCAGAAGUAGCUCCAGCUCCAGCUCCAGCGGCUAAAGCGAGCAAGAAGAAGGCUCCCAAGCCCGCAAAGAAGAAGGUCGGACCCAGCGUCGGCGAGCUCAUCGUCAAGGCUGUGGCCGCGUCCAAGGAGCGCAAUGGCGUCUCUCUGGCCGCCCUCAAGAAGUCUCUGGUCGCCUCCGGUUACGACGUGGACAAGAACAAGUCCCGCGUCAGGACCGCCGUCGUGAACUUGGUCACCAAGGGAACUCUCGUCCAGACCAAGGGCAUCGGCGCUUCUGGCUCCUUCAAGAUGAACAAGCAGGCCGAGGGCAAGGCGAAAGCGCCCGCCAAGGCUGCGGCCAAGAAGACCCCCAGCAAGCCCAAGAAGCCCGCCGUCAAAAAGGCAACAGCGACCAAGAAGCCUAAAACGGCCGCAGCCAAGAAGACGAGCGCCAAGAAGGCCGCCAAGAAGGCCACCAAGAAGCCCGUCAAGGCUGCGACGCCCAAGAAAGCGGCCAAGAAGCCCACAAAGAGCCCCAAGAAGGCGGCGGCGGCGGCUGCGCCCAAAAAAGCCCCCGCGGCCAAGAAGCCUUCUGCUGCCAAGAGGAGUCCCGCAAAGAGGGUGGCCAAGCCCAAAAGUGUCAAGAAGGCAGCGCCGAAGAAGAAGUGA